AUGGCAGCUAAAAAGAUAGCUGAAAUGGGGAGCAUUAAAAUAGGCUGGACGCAAGUGAAGGCAGAAAUGCUGCAAACAAGACCAUUGCAAUGUUAUAAAUGCCUAGAGCAGGGACAUGUGCAGCAAAACUGCAAAAACAACGCAGACAGAAGAGAAAAUUGUUAUAGAUGCGGAGAAAAAGGGCACCUGGCAAGAGAUUGUGUAUCGAGAGCCAGGUGCCAAGUAUGCGCUGAUGCAGGAGUGCCAGCAGGUCAUAGGAUGGGAGGACCAGCCUGCCGGCCACCGAAGGGAAGAAGGAAAGCCGCGGGAGGGACAGUGGAGAGGCGAGAGGCGUCCGCACCGAAGCCCCAGGACCCUCCUGUCCCCCCCAGCGGCAAGGGAGAAACUGGAAAAAGGGAGGCGGAAAAUGGAGAGGCAGAAAGGGCUCCAUCACCGCUCCCACAGAGGAAGCGACUUCCACCACCACCACCCCCUCCACCCUCCACGCAGGCGGAGGAAGAACAAAUGGAGGUGGAGGAGAAAAGAGGAGAAAAGCGUCCACGUCCGGUGGAAAACGCUGAGAGCGAUGAGGGAGAGUAG